AGAAGUUUUGCCUGUCGCCUGGUUUCUGGGACAGCCUCUCACACAUCAUUUCUUUGACCUUGCCAACUGGGAAACUAACUUAUCUACAAUAUCUCCAACCAAAUAACCCCCCAGCGUUUUGACUACUGCCAUCUGACAUGGAGACCCAGCAACGGCACGGACGCCACUCACUUUGCCACACCUGCCGGAGAACGGAGAGCAGCAGAAUGAAGGUCAAAAAGAUGUCUUCAUCCAGUCGUUCGCUGCUGUUUGCACUGGCCGUGACGCUGUACGUUGUGGAAAUGGCCUCUGCAGAGACGCUGUGUGGGGGAGAACUGGUGGAUGCGCUGCAGUUUGUCUGCGGAGACAGAGGCUUCUAUUUCAGUAGGCCAACCAGCAGGGGUAACAGCCGGCGCUCCCAGAGCCGUGGGAUUGUAGAAGAGUGUUGUUUCCGUAGCUGUGACCUCAACCUGCUGGAACAGUACUGUGCCAAACCUGUCAAGUCCGAAAGGGAUGUGUCAGCCACCUCUCUACAGGGCAUACCAGUGAUGCCCGCAAUAAAAACGGAAGUCCCAAGGAAACCGCAUGUGACCCUGAAGUAUUCCAAAUGCGAGGUGUGGCAGAGGAAGGCGGCCCAGCGGCUCCGGAGGGGUGUCCCUGCCAUCCUGAGGGCAAAAAAGUUUCGGAGGCAGGCGGAGAAGAUCAAAGCCCAGGAGCAGGCCAUCUUUCACAGGCCGCUGAUCAGCCUGCCCAGCAAACUGCCUCCCGUCUUGCUUGCCACGAACAACUAUGUCCACCACAAAUGAGCCCACUGCCAGCCCUUUGCACAGACAAGAGUUUGGAGGGAGAAAAAAAGACUAGGGGAUUAUAGCUUUGUCUCUGACGUCAUUUCUGUGGCAGUCCUCUUUGACCUCCCGUGCCCUGUCCGAGCCCACCACUCCCUCCCCCUGCUCUCAUCCACUACUUCAUGACCCCCUGGCCCUUUUCUAAUGCCCCCCCUUCAUCCUCACCCACCCACCCUCCUGCAGCACACAAACAUGCCUUCACAUUCUUCCUGUCUGAACUCUUUUGCUCCCGCUCACUGACACAAAAGGCAUGAACACAAAUGAUGAACAAAAAGCUGACAAUUCGGUUGAAUGCAAUUCAGGUGGAUCCUUAAGCAGAAGAGAAAAAGGGAAGGGAGAAAAGAAGAUGAAAGAUCUGUGGUUUUCAAGUGUCAAGAGGACACCCAGCGGAAUGCUUUUUGUCCUUGAGGAACACAACUGACAGUGAAGAGCAGCUUGCAUGAAAGAAUCCAUUCCACUUCAUUUUUUCCUGAGGCAAAAAGAAAAUCUGUUAGUUCUUUUUCUUAUUAGUUUGCACCUCUACCUAUAAAGGGACUUCCACACUGUAAGGAAUUAUUUUGUAAAAUUAGAUUCCUGUUCCAGCACCUUUUGAUCACAAACAAAAAGCAGAUAAGAGUCUGCAAAAUUGCACAUUGCCACGGAUUACGUCAAAGUAAAGAAAAAAAAAUGGCACUAUUUUUUUUAUGAACAAUGAACAUGUAGCUUAAAAAAUGUCAUGGUGCUAGCUUUGGGAAUGGACUCAAAGAAGAGGUUGAAAGCACGUUUUUUUUUCUUUUGAAUGAAUAUUAAAGCUUUCCGUUUUAAGGAAAGCGUGACUUAAAAAAAA